GACUUGUUGUGUUUUCUGUUACUCCAAUCGCCAUCUUGUUGCCAGUGAAGUAAUGUGUUUCUGAUGAAUUUCGGGAGCGCCUUGGAUGUCUUAUGACUGUCUUUGGAAGCCAGUGGAUUAUACUGUGAUUUAACCCACCACAUAUAUCUGUACCGGGGGCUUGCAUACAUUUUUUAACGGGAACGUGUUGUAUCGGUGUUCAAAAUGAGUAUCGAUACUCUAUUGGAAGCGGCCAGGUAUUUGGAGUGGCAAGCCCAGCAACAACAGAUUACACGUGAGGAGGAGGAGCGGCAAGAGAAGGCCUUGCUGUCCCGUGAGGCUGAGCAGAAGCUCUCCGCCCCCAUUAUCCAGUCUGUCCAAGUUAACCAUGUGACCUGGGCCGACGACAUGCGGCUCGAGCCACACCGCCACCACCAGCACCACCCUCCGGUCCCGCCCCCUCCCCUCCCACCACCUGUUCCCAUAGCUGUCAUUCCUAUCCCGGUGGUCCCUGCCAACCCUGCGGUCCCUCCCAUUCAGACUGCUUCGUCCCUUCACACAGCCUCCCCUAUGCCAGUGGUCACAACCUUGGCCACAGCCCUGUCCCCACCAGCAGCCCCCCUCCUCAGCCCCAAUGGCAAGGACGCCCACUCCCCUACACAGCAGCAGCAGCAUCGCCAUUUGAUCGCACACAUAAAAGCAGAAGCUAACAGCUUGCCUCUGUCGAAUAACAGUCCCAAGCAGCAACCGCAGCCGCAACAGACGCAGGCACUUUUGCAACCGUAUCCAGCCCCCAUCAUCACAGCCCAGCCUUCACCACAGCAACACACCCUCCUGCCCCAGCCAACACUACCCCAACCUCAGCCCACUCUGGCCCAGGGUCAGGCAGGCCAACUGCCCAGGUCUAACGGAGCCGCUGUGGAAGAGCCACGCAGCCUGGAUGGGAAAAGGAGACCUGGAGGGGCUGGAACUCGAGAAGUUCACAACAAGCUGGAAAAGAACAGACGAGCACAUCUGAAAGAAUGCUUCGAGACCCUCAAGAGGAACGUUCCUAAUGUGGAUGAAAAGAAAACUUCCAAUUUGAGUGUCUUGAGGAGUGCACUCCGCUACAUCCAGACUUUGAAGCGGAAAGAAAAGGAGUACGAGCACGAGAUGGAGCGCUUAGCACGGGAGAAGAUCGCAACUCAGCAAAGACUCGCAGAGCUGAAGAAUGAGUUGAGCCAGUGUAUAGACAUCAUUGAAAUCGACAGGAUACUUCGACAAACUGUCCAACCCGAAGAUGAUCAGGCCUCCACAUCAACAGCAUCAGAGGGUGAAGACAACUUUGACCAAGACGUAGAUGAUGACAUCCUCUCCUCCCCGCCCUCGUCUUCUGCGGCCAAACCGUCUGCACCAGCGCCAUCAGAGCCCCGUGCUGCCAUGCCUCCACCCUCCAUUCUCCCUACGCAUAUCUCCAUACAACACAAACCCACCACACCACCCUCCGCUCCACCCAAUCAACCCCAGCCCACAAUGGUCACCCCUCAAGCCAUCGCCCCUGCGCCCCCUUCCCACGUCGUUUCCUCUCCUCAGCCAACAGUCAUCACCCAUGCCUCCGUAUCCCAUGCGUCCGUCAUCCAAGCUGUCAACCACGUCAUCCCAGCUGGGCCUAAACAUCUGGCGCACAUUGCGCCCUCUAGUGGCGGCCAGCCUAUCGGACACAUCACCGUGCAUCCUGUGGCCCACCUCCCCGCGGCCAUUUACCCGCAGUCGGUGGCCGUCUCGCAGUCGGCGAUGGUGGGGCACAUCACGCACACGUUGGCGCACCACCCGCACACUCACGCCCAAGUUAACGGCACCCCGGUCACAGGCCAACAGGCCACAAUGGUGGGAAAGCCAACGGCCGUGGUCGCUCACCAUCACACCGGGCUGGUGAGCCAAACGGUGCUCAAUCCGGUGACUAUGGUAACUGUUCCUCCUUUUCCCGUCAGCACACUAAAGCUGGCCUGAAGAAAAGAGAGGCUGCACAGAACGACUUCCAUGAAUGGAGGUCUCACAAAGCGAGAGCAAGAGAGACUAAAGACGAAGAGCUAAUCGCUAAAAGGACGACUAGAUCCCGUUCAGAAAUUCACUACUGUCGCUUCUACAUGCCAGGAUCUCGUCAGGAUCGGAGCGUGUCCUCCUUUGCUUGUAGAAGGGGCUUGCGUGUCUUUUGCCAUGCAGCGUUGGAAUGAAAUUCAUGUAAUGCACUUGCUUAACUAAAUUCAAAGACGUUGGUUGGUCUUUAGUAUUGUGAGAGUGGAGUGCUAAAACAAAUCAAUUCUUUCUUCUCUUUCCCUCAUGUCCUUUUUUCUGUAUGCAAAUUAUCUCACGCUUUACAUUCAUUCACCAAAACAAAUCUCCACUUUAAUAAAAAACGAGUGCUUAAGGGUCAGUACUGAAAGCAUGCAGAAAAACGUUUACUGUGUAACUAUAUUUUGGGGGCUUUUAAAACUCUUCAAACGGGGCUUUUGACUAAAAAAAAAAAAACAGGUACAUUCUGACUCAGAUCAGGUUU